CGGGAGUGAGAACAUUUAUGAGAUAGACGAAGUGUGGCGCAGGGGAAACAAGUCGCACACAAGUGCACAGCCGACCCAGAGCACUUAGCCGUACGAUGAUAUGAGCGUGUGCGGUUAGACAUCGAGCUAUAUAACUUGAACGAAUCGAAUGCGUUUUAUUCUGAGGAUUAAAACGGCCCGAACAUAUACUUAAAUCCAUCCCACGGGCUGCUUCUAUUAUGCGAAACUGUUUCACCAAAAUUACAAAUAUUUUCCGGAAAAGCGCCCUGCCACACUCAUCAGAUCAUGACUAUGAUUCAGAAAUGGGGAAUCUUCAACAGAGCGGGGGCGAGGCUCAAUCGUCCAUGGAGCCGACUACUACAUCGGAAGAGCAGAAGUCUAAGGGUACACAGACCCCACCAUACGUUCGAAGUACGAGUUCUAUUAGUUUAAGUGAAAAUCAUAAACCUGCGAUAGGGCAUAAUGGUGUUGAUAGCGCUGAUAACGAAAGCAUUCACCAACUCGUGAUAAAAAACAGAGAUAGUUUUCAUGACAAGCAUGAGAAGGUCUCCUAUAUAACGAAGCAAACGAUUAGUAUAGGAGAUGCUGUUGAUGACAGGCAUCGUUUAUUCCAGAGUUUGUUCAAGAAGAGACGAAGGACUAUGAAAGAAGCCGGAAACAGCGGAAAUGGACAUUCUUGCAGGCAGGACCAAAUAGGAGCAAGGCUCUUGCCAACUGUUGAUCAUCAAUUUUCCAGAGGCAAACAUAUGUAUCACUUGAGCGAUGCCGGAGAAGACCAAGAAAGAAGCGAGCUAAAACAGGCCUACGGGGAAACCCGUAAACUGUUGUUAACCUCUAACCCAUUCUCGAUAUUGGAAGAGAAUGAGGAAGGAAGCUACAGUGCGAAAGCAAAAUUUGUGAAAAAUGAUAAGUAUGUGGAGUAUUGUGUCGGCGAAAACAACAAUGACAAAGUCCACGAUAUAUCUUUGAUGCUUGAAAAAGGAACCAAUUCAUUUGUGUCAAAUGACGUAGACAGUUCAAACGCUCUAAUUUUUCCAUCAAACAAUCCAGACAGUUGUACUGAUAGUCCUAACGCAGCCAAAACUCCCGAAGAGAUAGAGUACGAAGCCAAGGUUGCUGCUGAAAGUGAAGAUAUGAUGACACCACUACCAACCAAUACCAAACACCAUCCUUUUGCACUCGGCCGCAAUCUUCGCCCGGAAAUAGCCGAAGUAAUUCGUAGCUUGGAUGCAAAUACACUGCGUAUAAACAACCUUACCGUAGAGGAUAAGCUAGAGUUACUGCGGCGAUUCGAAAGUACCCAGCAUGCUCGCCGUAGCGGUCGUGGAAAUAGCCAUGUGCGCUCAAUGCCUCCUGCAGGCCAUUCUAUUCAAAUUGACCUAGGUCUUGCACAGACACGUGACCAGCAUACCGAUGAUUUGUCGGAUUUAAGUACCGAUGGUGUUAUUCUACGCCGCAAAAACUCACACACAUCCCAAUCGAAUUUAUAUGAACGUCGCCAGCCAAAAAGUCCCAAGCUAAAAUUAAUAUUGGAAAGCAAAUGGAAAGAAGGCACGUUUGGAGGUGCAUCAGAUGCUACCAUUUGCGAAUAUAAGAGAAACGUUUGCGAUGUAAAAUACCCAACGGUGCUACCUCCGAAUCCACAACUAAAGGCUCUUUUGGUCUUCUACAAAUCUGACAAUAUUUGCGAAGUGGUGCAGCAGGCUUGUAACCGACAACAGCUGGAGGUUACUUUAGUGAAAUCGAAGGAGAAUGCCAUAGAAAAUCUUUGCAGCGCUGUGGAAUGCUUCCACAUUAUAAUAAUAGACGCACGUUCACCAAAACAUUUAGAUGCGGAGCAUAUUGCCAGGUCCAUAAGGCAUAUGAGUGGUCAUCAUUUUACGACAAUAAUUGCUGUGGUUAAAAAAAGUACAUUUGACAGAGACGAUGUGAUAAAUGCACUAUUAGACGCUGGCGUUAAUAGGUGCAUUGCAGAAACUACAAGCCUCUCGAUGUGUGCAAUGGAGAUAAAACAAAUAUUACACUCCAUUGUGAGACCACACAACGUCAUCUCAACUCAACAGGCACUUUACACUGCACUUCAUAGACUGAAAGAAGUCCUCCUUAUAACAGAUGAUCUCCUUAGGAUACAGUACGCCAAUAGGUCUGCUGAAAGAUUACUAAAUAUGCGUUUGGACGAAGUCAUAAAUAAACCAUUAUCGGAAAUUUUCGUCUCUGAUGUAUCUACAAUCAACAACAGUGUGCAGGGCAAAGGUGUUCGAGAAUUCGAUGGCAUUCUCACAGUCAAGCGCAAAAAUCAAGAUGGCAUACCCAUGCACGUAAGGGUGGUACCAGUUGCUUGCAUUGGCAGGACAACCACACAUUUCGUGUACAAUUUCGAUGUACCUGGAGGCCAGAUGGAUUUUGUUGCCACAUUGCCUCAGCCCAAGGAGGCUCCACGCGGUUCUCUGCACUCCAUCCGGCGAGGAAGCUUCGAUGUUCGUUCUAUAGCCUCAGAUGGCCUACGACGUACCAGCUUAGCAAAAUUGACGUCAUUACCGCUGGAAGCGCCCAUUACAAAGAUUAUAAAUUUGCUUUCACAAGUACAGGAGAAUUGUUCGGCAGAUGAGGCGCGGCUGAUCGACAAGGUGAUGGAGUUCUUAAAGCGAGAAGGGUUAUACAGUCCCCAAAUGAAGGAAAUACGCACAGAUGAUCCCAUCGCAACCGAUCUUAUUGGGGCUCUUUUAACGGGCCCAAAUGUGUAUUCAUCGAGACGCAGUUCGAAUGACUCCAUUGUACGGGCCAAUUGUACCAAUCGACAAUCAACCGUAAUGCCCGCGAAGAUGAAGGCUACUCCACUCAUAAUGGAAAUACUUGAAGAAUCUCUAAACUGGGAAUUUAAUAUUUUCAAACUGGAAGAAGUCACAGAGAGACAUCCGCUUCUGUACUUGGGGAUGGAAAUAUUCCGGCGAUUCGAUGUCUUUGCCACGCUCAACGUGGACGAAAGUAUCUGUAAGAACUGGUUAGCAAUAAUCGAGCGUAAUUACCAUGCCGAUAACUCCUACCACAACAGCACACACGCUGCCGAUGUUAUGCAGGCAACUGGUGUGUUCAUAUCACAGCUCGCAGCCAAAGAUUUAGUAAUGGAUCGUCUAGAAGAGGCAUCCGCUCUUAUUGCGGCCGCGGCCCAUGAUGUUGAUCAUCCCGGACGAUCGUCCGCAUUUCUCUGCAACUCAAAUAGUCCUCUGGCCAUAUUGUAUAAUGAUUUGACGGUGUUAGAAUCACAUCACGCAUCGACUACUUUUAAGUUAACUUUAGGUGAUGACAAUGCAAACAUAUUUAAGAAUUUAGACACAGAAACAUACAAAGCCGCUCGUACGACGAUCAUCGACAUGAUUUUGGCUACCGAGAUGACCAGGCAUUUUGAACAUUUGGCCAAAUUUGUCAGCGUAUUUGGAGCCGAGCUGGAACCCAGAGAUAUCGUCCAAAGCGAGGAGGAAAGCUCGGUACUCAUGCGCCGUAUGCUUAUCAAAGUAGCAGAUGUAAGCAAUCCUGCGAGACCGAUGAUUUGCUGCAUUGAAUGGUCCAGACGAAUUGCAGAGGAGUACUUCACGCAAACCGACGAGGAAAAGUCGAAAAACCUGCCAAUUGUAAUGCCCAUGUUUGAUCGCGGAACAUGUAGUAUACCUAAAAGUCAAAUUGGUUUCAUCGAAUACAUAAUACAGGAUAUGAUGCAUGCUUGGGAUAGCUUCAUCGACAUGCCGGAACUCAUAACAUACAUGCAAAUCAACUAUUCACAGUGGAAGAAAUUCGAAGAACAAGGGGUUCACACUCUCGCCGAAGUAAAAGCCAAGCAAAUGUCUCUAAUGAAUAAGAAAUCAGCGCUCAAAUAGCAUAUGGCCUUUAAGAGACUCUUCUCUGGUUUAUUGAAGCCACAAACUAUACAACUACAAUGCGCCGUCCCCAUCGGCGAACAUAAUUUGGAAGAGUUCGUUCACAUAUAAACUUUUCAAUCGAAGCAACAAUUUCUACAAAAAACUGCUCUGAGCGAACCAGCGAUGGAAAAUAACAAACGCCCCGGCUGGACAUCACAUUAACAUUCGUAAAAUUCAUACUUUAUAUGUGCCAAUAACCUCCCUAAACUCAUCAAUCACCGAAAUUCCACAAUAUAGUAUCGCGUAUUUUUACCUUUAUCUCGAUAAUUGUAUGUCCGUUUAUACUCGUAUGCCAUCCAACGCCACUUUUGUUCAAAACUACUAUCCUUCAACAGGGCUGGUCUCAAAAUUCUUCAUAAAACCCCAAAACACGUAUACUUAAGAAAGCACGCAGCUGCAAAAUCGCCUGCAUGUGAUAUCGCAAUCAUCUUCACCUACAUAUAUCCACCAUCCCAAUCUAAAUGGCGCUUAUGUUAUCUAUACAUAUCCGGGAACCAGGACAUUAUCGGGACCUGUUCAGCGAUCAGCAUUUGGCGGCGCUGAUAUACUGACACAGACAAUCGCUUUCGCACGACAUACUACCGCAGGAAUAAAAAAGAAAUAAAAUUUGCAAUUUUAUUACGUAUUAAAACUGUAUUCUAUUCUGAACCUAUGCAUCUGCAUGCAACUUGUGUGUUAGCGUCUUAAGGCUCUGUGACAAUUGAAAUGCUACUGCAACGUUACGUUACACAGAGUGUGCUGUAUACACAAGCCAAAUAGGACACAAAGACUCCGAUUUGCGGUCAAGCAACACAAAACAAAAAGCCAAAAAUUAAACAACAAAGCUCAUACAAAUUAACACAAUUUUUAGAGUGUUUUUCUUUUCAACUAAAAUGACUGAACAAAUCAAAGAAACUUAAAAAAUUCUAAAUAAAAUUACAUGUACUCAAUUACAGACAAUUUGGAACUAA